ACAUGAAAAAUGCCUACGUGGAGGUGAUGGACAAGGAUGUCAGCCUCUGCUCUGACGUCCAGGUGGUGUGGUGUGGAGCAGUGUCCAGCACUGUUGCCGCUGGGGAAGACUUCACCUUCACCUGCAAUGCCACCUUCCCUGUCCGCUUUGUCCGUGUCACAAGGCGAUCCAGAAGUCGCACACACCUCUGGAUCGGACAUGUUGACGUGCAAGGGGAAGGGACUACGAAGCCAUAUCGCUCAUACUACAAACCGUCGAAGAACGUGAAGGUGUCGGAGCCGUUCCUGACCACGUCGGCCAUGACAGCCGGCGACUGCGGCAUCGUUUGUCACCAGCAUCAUUCAUGCAUCGACUUCAGCUACAGUGCAACAGCGCCGACUAAUGAGAACUGUCUGCUAACCUACAAAGCCUUGUAUUCGCAUCUGGUCAACGACACUUCUUGGACAACCUACACCAUUACCUGCUUGUAA